GAAAGAUUUUGAAACCACUAAUUUUUCUAUUUACUUUAAGAAAUGGAAUAUUUAGUCAAUGAGAUUUGUGAAUUAAAGCACCAACUUUGCCUUUUAAAAAAUACGGUCUUUAGAAGUAUUUCUUCACUUGAUUGCCUGUUAUAAAUACACUUGAAUGAAACUAUUUGACUUCCUGACAUACGUGAUUUGACUCUUUAAAAUGCCAGUGAAAAGGGGACAUGUGGCUCCACCGAACAUCUUUAUUGACAGUAUCAUUCGGAAAUUCGAUAAUCUGAACCGCAAGUUCAUCGUGGCCAAUGCUCAGGUGGAAAACUACCCGAUCAUCUUCUGCAAUGAUGGCUUCUGCGAGAUGGUGGGCUGGAGCCGGGCCUCUCUUAUGCAGCGCUCUUGCAUCUGCGAAUUUCUGCACGGGCCCCUCACCAGUUCGGUGGCGGUGGCGCAGAUCAAGGAAUGCCUCGCCUCGUGCCACGAGAAGCAGCUCGAGAUACUCUACUACAGGAAAGACGGGUCAAAAUUCUUGUGCAGUCAGGUGACAGCUCCCAUUCGUAAUGAAGACGGAGUGAUAUGUAUGUUUAUCAUCAACUUCGAGGACAUCACGAACGCCCCCUACCGGGAUGCAGCGGUAUCUCCUCUCCCAAGUCCUGCCAGAAUCCUCCUAAACAGGUUUCCCGCUUUAUGGCGCCUUGUACCACGAAGCCGACUGAAGCCGGGACAUGCCAGAGAAUUACCGCUGAAAGGCUGCGAAGAUCGCUGGAAGAAGAUGAAAUUGAAGUUUUCAGGACGACGCACACAAACAGAGGACCAAGAACUGACCGCUGAGUCGCCCGAUUCCAUCCACCAACGUUCCAGAACAGUAACUGUAACCUCCCAGAAAGAUGCCGAUUCUCAAUCCACGAGAGGAGACUAUGCGGCACCUCGCGGUGCCAGUACUGCUGUGGAAGUCGAGAGUGACAGCUCUCGAAAGCAAUUCAAUACAACAGCGAACAACUUAACCAAGUCUCUACCGAAUGCCUCUUCAGACUCCGACCUGCCGAGAUACAGACACAAGUCACCUUCCAUCAGCAAUGAGACAUUGGAAACAGCUGCUGCCAGAGCUGCAGCAAAAGAGAACAGUCAGUCAUCGACUACAUCGAAAUUCCUCAAAGACAUGCAAGCUCACAGCAAGCACCACGUGGGCGAAAAAGUCGCGCAGUUAAAGAUUUUGGGGAAGGUUGCUCUGCCUCUUCACCAAGAGCCUACAUGGGUGCUGUCGUUGGGUGCUGAUGUUCUUCCUGAGUACAAACUCCAGAAACCACGAGUCCACAAAUGGACGAUUCUCCACUAUUCCCCUUUCAAAGCAGUCUGGGACUGGAUUAUCUUGCUGCUCGUCAUUUACACAGCGAUUUUCACGCCCUACGUAGCGGCCUUCCUGUUGAACGAGGAGCGGUUGGACAAUGACGGCCCCAUCGUGAUCAUUGAUCUUAUUGUCGACGUGAUGUUCAUCAUCGACAUUCUCAUCAAUUUCCGUACCACUUACGUCAACUCCAACGACGAAGUAGUCAGCCAUCCGGGCAAAAUCGCCGUCCACUACUUACGAGGUUGGUUCAUCAUCGACGUCGUCGCUGCCAUACCAUUUGAUCUCUUGCUGGUUGGGAAGAAUUCAGAUGAGACGACAACUCUGAUCGGCCUUCUGAAAACGGCCCGUCUCCUGCGGCUGGUCCGAGUGGCUCGCAAAAUUGACCGUUACUCUGAGUACGGAGCUGCCGUACUUCUGCUGCUGGUGGCAACUUUUGCGCUGAUUGCCCAUUGGCUAGCAUGCAUUUGGUACGCAAUAGCGAAUGCGGAGCGAUCUAUGCAGGAACCCAAGAUAGGAUGGCUGGACGCCCUUGCCAAUAUGACCCACCAGUACUACAACAACUCGGCGGGGGGCCCGAGCAUCAAGUCCAAGUACGUGACGGCCCUCUACUUCACUUUCUCGAGCCUCACGAGCGUAGGAUUUGGGAACGUCUCACCCAACACUAACAUGGAGAAGAUAUUUGCCAUCAUUGUCAUGCUGGUUGGCUCUCUCAUGUAUGCUAGUAUCUUCGGUAAUGUUUCGGCGAUCAUUCAAAGGCUGUACUCUGGCACGGCCCGCUACCAUACGCAACUCCUGCGUGUCAAAGAGUUCAUUCGUUUCCACCAAAUUCCGAAUCCUUUGCGCCAGAGGUUAGAAGAAUACUUCCAGCACGCCUGGACCUACACCAAUGGUAUUGAUAUGAACAUGGUGCUAAAAGGUUUCCCCGAGUGCCUUCAAGCAGAUAUCUGCUUGCAUCUCAAUCGGAAUCUGCUCAACACAUGCCCCGCAUUUAAAGGUGCCAGUCCGGGAUGUCUGCGGGCUCUUUCGAUGAAGUUCAAGACAACGCAUGCGCCCCCAGGAGAUACCCUGGUACACAGAGGGGACGUCCUCACGUCCCUUUACUUCAUUUCAAGAGGUACUAUAGAGAUCAUGAAGGAUGACGCUAUCAUGGCCAUCCUAGGUAAAGAUGACAUUUUCGGUGAAAACCCUUGCAUACACACCAGUGUUGGAAAGUCACGAUGCAACGUGAGAGCUCUCACUUAUUGUGACUUACAUAAGAUCUUGAGAGAGGACUUAUUGGAUGUGUUGGAUAUGUAUCCGGAAUUUCAAGAGCACUUCUCACAAAAUCUAGAGAUAACAUUUGGCUUGAGAGAUGAAGAGCAAGCCGGUGUUGAUCCUGAUUUAUUUAGAAAUAAAAUUCCUUAUAGGCCUGCUGCUAGCCUUUCGGAAGACGAGGAUCCGCGAAUGUAUGCCUACCAGUACCCUCGACCAAGAAGGAAACGCACGAACCGUCACUCUUUCAUGGGGGAAGGUAUUGCAGGCUUCAGCGAUUUCGACGACGAAGAUGACCCACGACGAUUCAGCUGUCACGGAGCACUGGAGUUCAGUCCUGAUAAGGCAGGGCAAGACGUCACCCCUGCAAAUCUCAACUUCUCCAGUCGGAGUGACAAGAAACCAAAUCUCAGGGACUCCAUUUCAGGAGUUGCUGAGAGUGUCACUAAUCUGACAAGCGCAAUCUUCGGCGGAAGUGCCAUCGCGAAGCCUUCCUCAAGUGGUCCCACCCUGACGACCAAUCACCCGCCGAGAAGAACGAGUGCUCAGGAUGUACGGGUGGACAUUUGGACGCGACCAGUGACACUGACGCGGUCCUCCACUUCCCUGAAGCACUUCAAAGAAAGGCCGCAGUUACUGGGGCCGGGAGAUCAAGCAACUGCCAGCAGUUCAACUGGAUCCCAUGUGUCCCGCAAAAUGGCAUUUCUUGUCAGUCCCAUUGACGGACCGAGUGGUUCAACUUGUCAUACGCUUCUAGACGACGACGAAGCAGGAGCAGAUGCAGAUGUAGAUGAAGAUGAUGAUGUAGAAAAAGCAGAUGGUACUCCAUCCUCAAAACUUAGAUUUAGACAGUCCAAGUCCAGCCAGGGUCGAAUCACGACGACUAGUUCUGCGCUACCGACCUCAACGAGCGGUCAUAAGUCCACUUCCUCUUCGAUGACCAUUCCACUUUCUUGUAGUUCCAGUACUGCCCAGACUCCUGGGGACGAACUGAGUCCAGAUCAACCCAUAUGUGAUCGAACCUGUGACGAGCUAUCAAAAUUGGAUGUUCGCGUUGAUGAUUUAUCCAAGCAAAUUGAAGGUUUGGAUUACAAAAUCAGCACCGAAAUGCAAAGUGUAAUCCAAAUGCUCAACAGAUUGAUCGAAGCACAGCACCUGCCUCCUAUGGAAGUAGUCUCACCUCCAUCCAUUCCAGCCACCACUGGCGCCACUACAACUGACUUGCCGCCCCUUACGAUGGCCCUGAGAUCGAGUUCUGUUCAGCUUCCGCCUCUGGAAAAAUCCAGAAUUCGAGUCUACAGGAGAGCCAUCAGCCUGCAAGGCACCCCAGUGCCAAUGGACAACAAUCUAAGACAGCUUAUAGGAAAAGGAAGCAAGUCCCAGGAAGAGCUCGUAGAUGAUAUUCCGGAAUCCAUUGCGGAAGAACCCGCUCACACUCUCCCUCAUGCCCAGACGGUUCCACCCUCUCCCGUAGUGGAGUCGCUUGCGCAACUGACCGUCAGAUGUCGCUCUCAAUCGUCGUAUUUCAACCAGGCUAAAUCAAAGUGCUCCCACACUUGUUCCUCGGAAAAAAUCGAACUGAAACCACUGGUAUCAGAAGAUGCCACUGAACAGGAGAAAUUAUCCUUGGAACCUCCUAUGGAAAGCUCGCCUACUCCAACAAGUGUCACAGAAGAGACACCUCCCGUGGUGAAUUCAAUGGUGGAAGCAGUUCCAGAAGUGGAAAUUCGAAGUCGAAGCGUUGAGGAUUUACCUCAGAAACCAAAAUCAUACGUUUUUAGAGACUCAAAAUCCUCAGCUGUUUAAGAGAAAUUCGCUAAAAAGUGUGAAACAAAAAGAAUCAAAACAGGAACAUUUAUUGGAAAGAAGAAAAAAAGAGUUAUGUUGAUAUCUUGUGAUGUUAAUGUGUAUCGCAUGUUGGAUUUUAUGGCUGUCAUUUAUUUUUGUAUCACCAAUGUUUUCAUUUGGUCUUGUAUACUGUGUGAAUGUAAUUUGAAUCGUCGUUAUAUAUAUAUUAAUGGUGCAUUAAUAAUGCUUAUUCUUAUUAAGUGGUUAAAUUUAAAAAUCGUACAAUUAUGUGCUUUCGCUAUGUGGUUAAUGUACAAACGCUACAUUUUCACGUUAUUCAAACGUCCUUCAACUGCUGCAAAUGAAAGAAUGCGAGUAUUUGGCAAACGAUAAUCAUUUAUGGAAACAACAAAGUUUAUUUUGAUUUCUUUAUUUUUGUUGUUAAAAAAUGUUAUUUUUAAUGGAUU